AUGAGCAAUACAAAUAUACCCAUAGUGAAAAAUAAGUCUAAUAGCUUUAGCAGAAAUGAGUCCAAUGCAAUCGUUUUUAAAAGAAAUUCUUUCCAACAACAUCAUGGAAAUUCUUCACAGAUUUCAGCAAUUGAAAAUUCACCUAGAUCUCAUCUCCAUUCAAGGUAUUCUUAUGGAGGAAACAGUGGACCAUCGAGUUUUGAUCCAAAUAGAAAUAUAACUGUCACUGAGAAUCAAACAAUGAGAAUUAAACCAAGUCUUAGUAGAACGGUGAGUGUACCGACAGUACCGAAAUCAACAGGUUUGGUAUAUUCAACCUACUUACAAAAAGAGUUCUCAAGUAUAGAUAAAAUAAAUGAUCCGAAUUCUAACGGUUUGAUCUGUGCAGGUAAAUCACAUUUAGGUUACUAUAAAUUUUCAGAGGAAGAUAAAACAAUAUCUUUAAUUCAUAACUUUACAGAUACAACUGCAUCAAGUUCCAUUUCAAAUGCUGCAGUAUCGUCAAACCUGAAUAAAAGGCAUAGACAACUAAAAUUAAGUACAAUAGCAGAUGUGAAAACAGGUUUUAAUAAUUAUAAAAAUUAUGUUGCAAUAUGUGCCAAGUCGACAGUGAUAUCAAUUUAUGACAUAAAUAAGGCAGAAAAAUUGGAUAAAACACUAAUAACUUCUUAUUCAGAACACACAAGAGCUGUAAAUAGUUUUGAUUUCAAUAUGGUGGAUAGUAAUCUGUUAAUUAGUGGUGGUCAAGAUGGCUGUAUCAAGAUAUGGGAUUUAAGGACGGGUUCUUUAAAUGGAUCCACUAGAAGUGAUAUAAACAUUAAUACUGCUUCAGAUUCGAUAAGAGAUGUAAAAUGGAUGCCAGGUUAUAAUUUUGCAAGUCAUGGCAGUGCCACAGCAAACUUGAGGCGAAAAAAUAACUCUGGAUAUAAAUUUGCUUCUAUUCAUGAUUCUGGUCUUCUACUAAAGUUUGAUAUCCGUCAACCAUCUCAUGCAGAGAGAAAAAUCAAUGCACACACAGGGCCAGGUUUAUGCUUAAAUUGGCACCCUAAUCAAGAUUAUAUAGUUACUGGUGGAAGAGAUGGAAAAUGCUGUCUCUGGUAUGUUGGUGAUAUGAAAAAUGAUUAUUUAAAUGUUAGUUCUACCACACCUUUGUUGAAUAACCAAAUUAACAGUUUUUCUAACUUAUCAAUGAAUGGAAAUAAUAUUCUGUCAUUGCCAGAGACAACCAUUAAUGUAGGGUUUCCCGUGACAAAAUUGAAAUUUAGACCUUCAUAUGAUAAUAACGUAAUGAAUUCGUUACUUGCCAUAUCAUCAAUGGGUGACGAGGCAGCAGUUAAUAUUUAUGCCUUAGGAAGAAAAUAUAUUCCUAAGCAUAUUUUAUUGACAGCAGCUCCUUCACAAGGUCUUGUUUGGUGGAAUGAAAAACUUAUAUUCAACGUCGAUAGAGCAAAUAGGAUUAAUGGUUGGAAUAUUGAGCAGGAGCCAACAGUAUUAGACAAUAUUCAAAGGACUGUGGUAACAUGGAGAGAUAUGGACGGUAGUGGAUUUUUGGCUGUUAAUCAAGAUGUUGGUGAUUAUACAACAAAUGAAGAUUAUAUUCCAACUAUGUUUGAUAAAACAAGAAACUUCGGAAAUAAACCGCAAGUCAAUUCGGCACAAGAGGUCCAUUCCUUAUCUAAAGGGAAAGGCCUAGAGUCUUUUAAGAAGAAUUUAAGUAAUUCAAAUUUAUCAUAUAUUUCUGAUAAAGGUAGCAUAAUGAGAAAAUCUAAUUCCAAAAAUUAUGGUUUAUCAAGUCCAUUAAAUAAUAAUUUAUCACCAACAUCUGGCACAGACGAUGUUGAUAAAACUAACACAAAAUCACCAAUUAUGGUUACACUUGAUUUACCUCAUAUUUUUAAUAAUAUGCGGCUAGUACAGAUGAAGAAUAUUAAAAAGAAAACAGUGUCACCUGAGGUAUCUGCAAUUAAGGAAUCACCAAUUCAGGUCUUCCAAUUUUUAGCGAGAGAAUUAGAUUUUUCCUUUAGUAAGGAUAGGAAUACAACUAAUAAUACAUCUUUUGGAACCCCUGUUGCAGAUAAGGAAAAUAAUUCUUCGCAGGAUGACUUGAUGAAGAAAUUUGGGUUUACAAAUACCACAACCUGGACUAAUUUAAUGACUAAGAAGUCAGAAACAUCAUCGGAAAAUAAAUCAAUUGAAAAUCAAAUUACAGGUUCUGAAUCUCUAGUUAGUAAGGAUACAAAAAAUCGAUCGGAUUCUGAUACCUCAAUAUAUCAUUCCGAUGAUGGUGUAGAGAAAGAUGAAGAAGAUAAUGAGUUAUCAGAAACUACAAGAAAGCUUAAGGAAAGGAUAAAGUUAUUAAUCGAACUGAUCGAAAUAUGCAAACAUAAUGCAGGUGUAUACUCAUAUAUCGAUGACCUUCCCAAUUUUAAAGUUUGGGUGAUUAUUCGAGAUGCACUGCUGUGGGAUUUACAAAGUAUAAGCAAAGAACUUGAAAUAGAAGAAACAGAUAUAAGUGAACACGAUAGUGCCAAUUUUCAAUACAAUGAAAAUGUUUCACGUUCGCACAACAGAGGAGAUUCUUUUAAUACGCAGUUAACAGAUUUACCGAGUGAAAUUGGUUCUUUUGUUGUAAGCGAUCCGAAAGCCUUUACUGACAAAAAGAAAUCAAAUCUUAAUAUUUUAUUUUCAAAGGAAAAUGCUUUAAAGAAACAGAAGAUGCUGGAAGAGACAAAUAAACUAUCUACAAUACAUUCAUUAAGUGCUGAUAAUAUAGGAAAUAUAGAUUCACCAAAUCGAAUUUCUCAAAGCCUCGAGAAUUCAAAAAAUUUCUCAGAACCCAUUAUAUCAACCCAGACAAGAGCUGGAUUUGAAUUGAAACCAUUAAGGGAACAGGUAAAAUCUUUCACCUCGAGUGAAAAUUUAGAAGAUGAAAAUGAUAAAAAUGACAAUCUGUUUUCAGAAACAACUAGCUUAAGAAAUGCCGAAGAACAGCCAGAUAUUACAUUAAUUCCGAAAAGAAAUAAACGACCUUCUUUCAUAGAUACUUUCAUGACAGAGAGGCCGAUAUUUGAAAGUAGAGAUAGUGAUUUUAUGUCAAGAUCUAGUUUCUCUACUCACGAUAACAGUCCUGUUAGCAAACUUUCCUCUUUUAGAAAUUACACCUCUACUCUUAAUAAUUACAAGAAACUUUCUCAAAAUAGACUCACUUUGUCUCCAACAUUUAGCGACGGUAACUCAAGAAUUAGUGACUUUGAAUUACCUGCAUAUAAGAUCAACAACUUAAAAAUAAAAGAACAUCAAGUUUUAUUGUCUAAAUUAUUUGAAAAUGAAAAAAUCAAAAAAAAUCAAGGGUUAGAUAAUGGAGAUAUUGAGCCUUGGUCAACAGGAAAGAUCCUAAAACAGUUAUUUAAUCAAGCUGUCCAAAAUGGUAACAUACUGAUGGUUAUUAGCAUCCUGACACUAUUUCAGGAUGUGUAUAAAAUAACAACCUUUAACGUUGUGAAAGAUAGUAUUUUGCAAUUCAUCGAUAUUUUACAUAGAUAUGAAUUAUUUGAAAUAGCUGCGGCUCUAUUGAAAUAUUGCCCAUGGGAUAACAUUUUGGAUAACACUGGUACUAAUUCCUUAAUUCAAAUAUUCUGUGAUAACUGUGGAAAAUUAGUAAUUAAUGAACGUUCAAAAGAAAAAUUUACACAAGAAAAUUUUGAAUUAGGAAAGAGGGCUAGCAAUAAAAAUAUUCUAAAAGAAUUUGGUUAUUGGUAUUGUGAAUCUUGUAAUAAAAGAAACAAAUUAUGUGUUGUUUGUGAAAAGCCCAUGAAAGGUUUGACAAUGAGUGUUUUGCAAUGUGGACAUGGUGGACAUUUUGAAUGCAUGAGGGAUUGGUUUUUGGAAGAGGGUAUGACAGAUUGUCCUGCUGGUGAUUAUUCCACUGAAUAA